AUGUCUGCUAACGGCACCACCACCCCUGCUCGCUCGGCUGAGCCCCUCAACGCCGCCGAUGCCGUGGCCUACCUGAACGAGUACAAGCGCGGUGACGGCCUCAGCCUCUCCGAGCUCAUGGACUCGCGCAAGAACGGUGGUCUCACUUACAACGACUUCCUCAUGCUCCCCGGCCACAUCAACUUUGCCGCGCACGAGGUCUCGCUCCAGGUCCGCGUCACCCGCAACAUUCUCCUGAACGCUCCUUUCCUCUCGUCGCCCAUGGACACUGUUACCGAGGACCGCAUGGCCAUCGCCAUGGCCCUCCACGGUGGUCUCGGCAUUAUCCACCACAACUGCACUGCUGAGGAGCAGGCCGCCAUGGUCCGCAAGGUCAAGAAGUACGAGAACGGUUUUAUCUCGGACCCCGUCUGCCUCGGCCCUGACGCGGUUGUCGGCGAUGUCCUGAGCGUCAAGGAGCGCCUCGGCUUCUGCGGUGUCCCCAUCACCGCUACCGGCAAGAUUGGCGGCAAGUUCCUUGGUCUCGUCACUGGCCGUGACGUCCAGUUCUGCAAGGCCGACCUCCCCCUCAAGGAUGUCAUGACCACCGACGUUGUCACUGGCAACGCCGGCCUUACCCUCGAGCAGGCCAACACCAUCAUCCGCGAGUCCAAGAAGGGCAAGCUCCCCAUCCUCGACGCCGCCGGCAACCUCGUCUCGCUCGUCGCCCGUUCCGACCUGCUCAAGAACCAGAACUUCCCCCUCGCCUCCAAGGUCCCUUCGUCCAAGCAGCUCUACUGCGGUGCCGCCAUCGGCACCCGCCCCGGAGACCGUGACCGUCUCGCCCUCCUUGUCGAGGCUGGUCUCGACGUUGUCGUCCUCGACUCGUCGCAGGGUAACUCGAUGUACAUGAUCGAGUUUAUCCAGUGGAUCAAGAAGACCUUCCCCGGUCUCGAGGUCAUUGCCGGCAACGUCGUCACCCGCGAGCAGGCCGCUCAGCUCAUCGUCGCCGGCGCCGACGGUCUCCGUAUCGGUAUGGGCUCGGGCUCGAUCUGUAUCACCCAGGAGGUCAUGGCCGUCGGUCGUCCCCAGGGUACUGCCGUCCACGCCGUUUCCGAGUUUGCCUCGCGCUUUGGUGUCCCCACCAUUGCCGACGGCGGUAUCGGCAACAUUGGCCACAUUGCCAAGGCCCUCUCGCUCGGUGCCUCGGCCGUCAUGAUGGGCGGUAUGCUCGCCGGUACCACCGAGUCGCCCGGAGAGUACUUCUACCACGAGGGCAAGCGCGUCAAGCUUUACCGCGGCAUGGGCUCGAUCGAGGCCAUGGAGCACACCCAGAAGCCCGGCUCCAAGCCCAACACUGCCGCCAACAACGCCGCCACUGCCCGCUACUUCUCCGAGGGCGACACCGUCAAGGUCGCCCAGGGUGUCUCGGGUGACGUCGCCGACAAGGGCUCCGUCCACAAGUUUGCUCCUUACCUCUACACUGGUCUCCAGCACUCGCUCCAGGACUCGGGUGUCCGUUCCGUCACCGCCCUCCAGGAGGGAUGCCGCGACGGCUCGGUCCGCUUCGAGCUCCGUACCGCCUCGGCCCAGCUCGAGGGUGGUGUCCACGGCCUCAACUCGUACACCAAGCGUCUCUUCGCUUAA